AUGGAAGACUUUAAGCUUCACUGUGGUUACUUGGGAGGGAAUUCUUACUAUGGCUAUGAUUCUUUUCUUGUGCAAUGUGACGACAUGUAUUGUUACACAGUCGCUACUUCUGAUCCUCCAUGCCUCUUCAAUUGGUUUGUUGAGCUGUUUUGGAUUAAACUACCAAAUGAUGGUAAAAGACUUAGGGUCUCUAUGGACAUCACUUGGGACCAACACUCUCACAAUGGCAACACGAAAAGUACUCCUGUCACCCUUCAAUUCUGUCAUGAGAUUUGUUGCAUCAUCUUUCAAGUUUGUCCUCAGGAAAACUUUCCAAGAUCUUCUCUGGAACACUUCUUGAAUCACGAUUAUGUAGAUUUUUUCGGUUUCCAAAUGCUGCACAAAGUCCAAUAUCUUCGUAAGGCCUACAAUCUUGUUGUGAAAAACUGGUUUGAUAUCCCACGUCAGGCCCGUCUGUCAAAUCCAGCAAGAUUUCGUAACUGUUCCAAUUUGUCUCUACAAAGAAUGGUAUGCAUGGAUUUCUGGAAGUGGUAUGCAAAGCCUACUGGCCUUCUUCAAAGCAACUGGAGGUUGAAUAAACUUUCUACUGAUAAAAUAAUGUACGCGACACUAGAUUGCUAUUUGGCCUACAAGUUGUCGGUUCCCCUCUCAAUUCCUCGUAAGAUAGAAUGA